GGGCCCCUGGGAGAAACUUGGUUCACAGAUUCACUUUCUCAGGAGACGAGUCCCCAGUGAGCCCUGGAGACAGGGACUCGUGACUCAUAGCUGUGUCUCUUGGAGGUGCCCAUAACCAGCUGAGCGGCAGCCCAGCAGUCGCUCCCUGGACCUCAGACCUGGGCAGAGUGCCCCGUGCAGCCCUCCCCGCCCCGCUCUGGAGCUGGCCCAGCCCCCUCAGGACCCCAGAUUAGAUUCCUAGCAGCAGGAUUCCCAGUCAACUAUUGUGCACUCUGGGGGUCUUGGCAGACACCCCCUCGGGGCUGUUGUCUUCGGUGACCUUUUAAACAAUGUUUAUGGGUGAAUAACAUCUUUCAUAUGCGUUUCUGGGACGAGCCUGACCCUCGUUGCUAAGUUGACUUGCGGGGUGCCUGAGCAGUUUUGCAGGCUGCCGUACCGACCCCCCCCCCCGCCCCCGCCUCCAUGGGGACCCCUGCAGGGGUGGAUGGAGUGGGGGGCCAGAGCUUAAGGCCUGCAAGCUGAGGGGACCCGGCAUAGAGGGGUGUGCGGGCAGCAGGGAGCCAGGUGGUCACUGAUCUGGCAGAGGUGGAGGGAGAGACGGGGUCUUGCAGGAGGAGGGAUGACCCGCCCUCGCCCCUCCUCCAGCUGCCUCCCCAGGUGACCUCUGCCCUCUCUGGCCAAAGUAUCCACUUUGGGAUUUGGUUACCAUGAGCCACCCUAACGUUACCUCUUCAGGUCUACUGUCCCCUUUCUGACUUUGGGGUCUCACCUCACCUUCUCCAGGAAACCCGCCCAGGCUUCUUCCACUGUCCCUGACAGCAGCCCGGCCCCAUCCCAGGCUUGGAAUGGAUGACUAUGGCCCUUGUCUUAAGCAUGAAGAGGGUUUGGGGGACCAAUUUGCAAGAAGGGGGUUCAACACAGGGAAAACUGUCUUCUCCAAGCACGUCAACACCCAGCCAGAGCCCUUAGCCGGAGCACAGGCCAUGGGGGUCUGCGCGCCUUCGUUCAUCCCCAUACACAUUGGGGCUUUGGGGUGCAGACCGCCCCCUGCCUCCAGAGGGGAGGGUGCCGGGUGAGGGCUGGUGGGCGAGGGCCAGACGACCCUCUGGAGGCCGUGCUUUCUGGGAGGCCUGCGGCAGAGGCUGGAAGAGAGGCCAGGGCUCAGGAGAGGUGUGAGGGUCCUUUGGGGGUCCAAUGGACAGUUUUGGGGAGCCCCAGGGAGUUGAGGUGAGGGGAGCAGGAGGGGGUCCACAGGAUGCCAGAGCCUUAGGGUGGCCAUGGUCUCAGAGGUACCCUCUCUCAGAAGAAGAGCCCCCAGGUCAGGGCCUUGAGGGAGGUCUAUCUGCAGGCAUCUGGGUUACAUAGGUCCAGCCCAGAGAGGGUCUGUGGGGCCUCCAGGCGGCCCCUGAGCCCAGCCUGGCAGCAUCGGGGGCACCUGGAGGCUUCUUAGAAAUGCAGAAUCUGGCCUGUCCUGGGCCCUCUGUACCAGAAGGUGCCCCAGACCCAGGACCCUCGUCAUCUCCUCAUGCUGGGGAGCCUAGUGGACGGGUGGUUGGGUGUGGACGGUCGGGGGGUGGUGAGGGCUGGGGAGGGCCAGGCUGCUAUGGGGCACAUGACACCUCCCCCCAGCGCAGGCCAGACGCUAAAGCUUCUUUGGCGCCUCUGUCAGGUCCCUGAGCUGUAGUUGUACGGACAGUGGGAAGCAGAGUGUACAGACCGAGUGGUCACUGCCACACGAUCACAGGACUCGGAAUCCCAGAGUGUCUAGGGAGGGGAGCCUGGGGCCUGGUAAGGUGGGAGGGCCUUGGAUGUCAGCUCCAGGUAGGAACCUCAUCCCUCCCUCCUUCCCAUGUCCCCUGGGGACCCCAGUAAGGUCGGGGUGACUGACUGAGGUGGGGGUCCCCUGAUAGGGUUGGGUGACCUGCUGGGGGUACCUGGUAGUGUUGGGGUGACUGGAUCUGACUGGUCCUACCCUCUGUCCCCACCCCAGGACCUGUGCUCCCAGGAGGUGCCGCUGUCCAUGGUUGCUGCUCCUAGUGAUGACCCUCACUGUCCCCAGUGGAGGUCCAGCUGCCUGUCGCCUACAGAGGAGCAGGAGCAGGACAAUGGUCAGCCAGGCAGGGCGAUCUUGGAGGAGCCCCUGAAAGACAGACUGCUCCAGGAGGAAGCCCUCGUCGACAAAAUCAGGACCAUGUCUGUCUUGGAGAAGAACGUGGUGUUGGACACCAUCCACCACUGCAUCAAGGAGCAAACCCAGCUCAUCUGGAAGGAGGUGGCUGACACUGGCAUCCAGGAGCUCCUGGCGCCCUUGAACCUGGAACUCAAGCAGCCUUUGGAGAAGACAUUCCUCUUCCACGUUUUUGGGCUGAUCCUCAGAGAGACUACGGACCAGGAGCUAGUGAGAAGACACCUGGCGGACCUCCUGGAGCUGUCCCACCAGUCCAGCAGCCAGCGGGAGGGCAUUGCGGCGACCAUCGGCAUCGCGUCCUCCUCGCACCUGCAGGCGGUGUGGGCCUUGCUGGAGCACCUGGGCCGCACCAGGUUUCUGAGGACCGCCUUCAUGUCCCCAGAGUGCCCGCAGCCAGACCCUGACAGGCACUGGAGGUGGGUCAGCAGCACGUGUCUGCUGUGCUACGGGCAGAUGGCCCUGCACGCCCCGGAGCAGAUCCUGCCCUGGGUGGACAACAUCAUCUCCAGGAUGGUCUACUACUUCUCCUGCAGCUGCUACGACAACAUCCUGAAAACCAGCUUCCUCUCAGCGGCCAUCAUGCUUACGAAAGCUCUCAGGCAGGAGGAUGGCACCCAGAGCUAUAAAUUCACUCAGAUACCAGACCUUAUCCAGUGCCUCCUGCGCAUCCUUCAAAAGGAGCCCAACUUCCUGGCCACCCUCUUCCGGCAGAAGGUCAUAUUGGUCAUUGUGAAACUGAGCAGCCUGAGGCCGAGUCUCAAACCCAUGGUGAAGUCCCAGAUCCUGCAGACCUGCCUGCAGACUCUGUUCGUGCUCCCGCCAGGGGAGAAGUUGAAGAGCUGCUUACCUCUGCUAGACUUGGCCCCGGACGUCAUGGCGCUGUACAAGAAAUCCAUGCAGGCGCUGGACCUGCUUCUCCAGAGCUUCCUCUCCGAGAACAAGAGCAUGGACGAGAUGUGCUUCCUGCUGCAGCACAUGCAGCCCUGGCUGCAGUCAGACAAGAGCCACGAGCGCAAGCGGGCGGCACAGACCACCUUCCUGCUCCUCCAGUACACGGUGGACUAUGUGACACUCACUGAGGAGGCCACACCCUCCCUGCUGGGCCACCAGCUCGGCCUGCUGGUGCUGCUGUGGAGGGACAAGGACCUGGUGACUCGAAGCCACUCCCGCCAGAGCGUCUACUUGCUUCUGCAGCUUCUGAUCCAGCAGAAGGGGAGCACAGAGCAGUUCAUUCUUCUGAAUAAGAUGAAGAACUUCGAGGCAAAGGCCCGCAGGCAGUCGGAGAUGAAGUGCUACAACGUGGUGAAGGCCUUGAACAGGAGCCUGACGGUGGCCCAGCACACGCAGCUCAUCCUCACCCUCCUGGAAAGGCUGGGCAGCCACAGCCGGCCGCAGUGUGACCUGGCCUCGCAGCUGCUCCUGCUGCUCCUGGAGGACCGCGGCGUCAAGACAGAGCAGGUGGCCGAGAUCCUGCAGGGCCUGUUCCAGGAGCUGUCCUCUGUCGUGUUCAAGGGCGUCCUGCAGACCAUGAUGAAGGUGGUGACGGUGUUGGGGACUCAGUACACCCAAGAGACUGUAGAGGUGAUACUGUCCCUGUGUCACCCCUCCGAGAGACAGGUCCUACCACUGUGGAAGGCCCUGGCUGGCAGCUCGCGGCUGGCUCGAAGGGUGCUCACCCUGCUCUACGCGAAGCUGAAGCUGCGGCCCGCUGGGGAACUCCUCAGGCUCAGCCAGCCGGAGGAGCUCAUCUCCCUGCUGGCCCUGGGCACCAUUUACGAGCUCCUGUACACCCGGGAGUACAAGGCCACCGUGCGCUGGGCCUUCGCGGGCAUCCUCGUGGGCCUGCUCACCCAGCUGCGCUACCUGUUCGAGCUGGGCGCGGCGGACGGCAUCUCGGACUACGAGGAGGACGUCCUGGAGGUGCGGCCCCUCAGCCCCUGCAGGACCUGCCUGGAGGCCCUGAAGGGUCUCUUCUGGACCACCAGCUACUGGGAGGUGUUUGCCCACCUCAAGCUGCUGCAAGGCUGGGAGCUCUUUGAGCAUCUAGAAACCUACACCGAGGGAGUGACCCUCUUGGCUAGGGCCAUGGCCCACUAUGACUGUGAGGUCAAGGCUGUCCUGGGGCAGGCAGUCAUCUCCCUGAAGAGCUCCGAGGAACGGGACAACAUCGUGGCCAUUCUCAUCAUCACGGAGUUUCUCAACAGCCAAGACCUCACCCAGUACGUGUCCCGGAGGACCAUGGACAGUGUCCUGAGCCUGGGCCUCAACCACCCCAACCAGCUGGUGCGAGCCAUGAGCCUGAAGGGCCUCAGCAGCACGCUCAUGCACCCCAAGAAGGUGGUGCUGCUCCGUGGGCGGCUGGCUGGGCUGCUGGACCGUUUCGGGAAGCCGGAGCCCAAGGACCUCAUGGGCCUGAUGGAGAUCCUGGGUGACAUCCUGCACCACCUGGGGACUCAGGGCGUCGGCGCUGCCAGCCUCAAGAUGGCCCAGCACCUGUUGCCGCUGUUCGAGGAUGAGCAGGCCCCCGUGCGGGGAGGAGCCAUCUCGCUGUUCGGAGACGUGCUCCACAGCGGCGGCAUGAAGUACCGGCCGGAGCUCAAGACCUUCGCCUUUCAGGCCCUGGUGCCGCUGCUCUUCCACCUGGCAGACCCCUGCCCCGACGUGGCCAUGAACACCAAGCUCACCUUCCUGCGCUGCGCCAUUCUGCUCAAGUGGGAGUUUCGGAAGGAGCUGUUCGGGAAGCUGGCAUGGGGCCACGGCCUGGGCGCCGAGAACGACAUCUUCAUCUACAUGGUGGAGAGCAACUUCGGCAGCUAUCACCAGUUCCUCAUGCAGGCCCUGCACUACCUCGCCAGCCCCCACAGAAACCUGAGGCGGACGGCCAUGAAGUUCAUCGGGGGCCUCCUGCACGACUACUUCACUGACCUCUGCUUUUCCCUGAAGAAGGGCGACCUGAAUGUCCUCAGGAAACAUGUGGAGGUCCUGAGGCAGGACCCAGACUCCAUGAGCCGCAGAUUCUACCACAGCGUUUUGGAAGACAUCAGUGAACUCUCCCAGUUCGUGACUCACUGAGCCCUGGCCGUUGGCCUUGCUCCCGGCAUAUGCUGUGUUAUUUCUCUAUUAAAUGCGACAGAGUU